UUAUAGUUCAAUUUAAUCCUACCAACCUCAUCUCCUUCAUUUCGAUCUGGGUGGGGCCCGGGUGUCAUGCUCCCAAACUACCUAAUUGUGUGCCCAUUUACAGAAACCCUAGUUCAUUAAUUUGUCCUAUAAAGCCCUCCUUAAACCCCUUCCUCUCUUCCGGCUACUCUGUCUUCCCUCUGUCUCCAAGCAUCACCGCAGACCCUCUAUCUUCUCUCAGUUGCAAUGGCGUUUUGGGGUGUUGAAGUCAAACCAGGGCAGUCCCUGAAAGUUGACGCUGAUGAAGUGAUCCAUAUUUCCCAGGCAUCUUUGGGUGAGGUGAAGGAUGACAGUGGAGCAAAGAAUGUUUUACUCCGUAUGAAGGUGGGAAAGGAGAACUUUGUCAUAGGAUCUCUCUCAGCUGGAGAAAGACCACAAAUAAUGUGUGACUUGUAUCUUAACAAAGAGUUUGAACUCUCUCAUGACUUGAAAAGUGGAAGUGUCUACUUUCUUGGAUACUCUGAACCACCACAAUUUGGAGAAGAAACUGAUUCUGAUGAUACCUCUGAGUCUGAAGAAGAUUUACCCAUAAAUGCCCUGGAAAAGGAUAAACCUGAAGUCAAGGCUGCUAAUGGGUUGAAGCAGGAGGAGAAAAAGAAAGCUGCUACACGACAAGUGCUUUCUAAGAAACCAGCAUUGAAACCAUCAAAACCAGCUGUAGAAGACCAUGAUCCUGAUGAGGAUGAUGACUCUGAUGAUGAUGAUUUUGGAAGUGAGGAUUCUGAUGAAAGUAUGGAAGAUGGUGACUCAUCUGAUGAAGCAGAAUCUGAGGAAGAUGAUUCAGAUGAAGAGACACCAGUGGUACCCAUGGAGCAGACAAAGAAAAGGAAACCAGAAUCUGUUGUAGCAACUAAAGCUCCUCAGAAGAAUGCAAAACAAACCCCACCUCAAAAGACAGUUGCUAAGAAAGUUGCAUCUGCUAAGCAACCUAAAACUCCCAAUUCAAUUAAUAGUUCAAACAAGUCCAAAAAGAAAAGUUUCCCAAGAAAGCUGUAAGAUAUCGUCUUCUUUAUCUAUUCCGGGAUAAAUAGAACUGAAGUUAUGGAUUAUUAUUCACGGCAAACUCAACAAUUUUGGCACUGGUUUACAAUUUGAGUGAUUACAAAUGAAGAAUCAUUUGCUAUCUAAAUAUUGUUUUUACUUUUUGAUACAAUUUGAUUUCGUUGCAAUGGUAACCAAUUUUUAAAGUACAAUUAUGUGUGAUGUAGCCUUUGGGUCUCUGGAUUUUGGUUAAGAGUGUUAUUGAUCUCCACCUGGCCUCUAGCCGUGGAAUUUUAAUGUGCCAGUGAUGAUGGCAGUGAAUGCAUUUAGAUGAUAAUCUCAUAAUCCAAUGUAUAUCCUUUGCCCAAAAAGUAGGUCAAAAUUUUCAGAUGUAAUUUCUCUGAAUUCGAAAGUUAACAUAUUGCUUAUAGAAUUGGAGUCUCCUUGGAAAUUAAUAAAAGUCCGUCAUUUUCAAAA